AUGUCCGGUUUUUUGAAAGAAUUCGGGGCAUACAAAUUCGAUACUGCGUUUUUUCAAGGUUAUUGCGAACAUACUACCGGCUCAACUGGACAGAAAUGGAACAAGGGCAGAGUUCUGGGAAGGGGUAGUGGUGGUAUAGUGUGGUUAGAGAAGGGGGAUAAAGGUGAGGUUAGGGCCGUGAAACAAAUAUACAGGAGUAGCAUAUCGGGAUGCUCGCAAGAAUUACUCGCUUUGAUAGAAUUGAAAACGUACCCUCAACACUUUGUGGAAUUCUUCGGGUGGUUUGAGAAAGAAGAAAAUAUCUACCUUGCUAUGGAAUAUGUCGAAUGCGGAAAUCUCUCAAGUUUUAUUACAGAAAAGGGAGAAAUGCCCGAAAACGUCGCGAAGUCAGUCACAUCACAGCUCCUAGAAGGAUUGAAGAUCAUGCAUGCAAAGAGCUUUUGUCACCGGGAUCUCAAGCCGGAGAAUGUUCUUAUUGUUACAAAGGAACCUUUGGUCGUCAAAAUCGGGGAUUUCGGCAUUUCUAAAAAAGAGCGGAAUGGCACCCAAUUACGCACUGCCGUGGGGACCCAGAAAUACUCUGCACCAGAGAUUCUAGACGACUUUUUCGACACAGGAACAUCAGUAUAUGACAAUUCCGUUGAUAUAUGGUCACUUGGGUGUCUAGUGCAUACCAUGCUUACCGGAGAUACACCAUUUAAUGCGUCCGAGCUUAACGACUAUGCUCGGGGUAAGAUUAUGUUCCCGACUGCAAAACUUGUCGCGAAGAAAGCGUCCGCCGCAGCAAUCAAUUUCAUUACCAGAUUGUUAGCCCCACACCCAAAGGACCGUUUUACCACUCAGAAAGCACUCCAAGAACCUUGGUUAGGCCCCAAAGAUGCUAUCUUCUGGAUGAAAAUUCUGUGCGACCUGGAGCGGAAGUCAUUCUUCAUACCAAUGAGUUUGAACAAGAACAAGCCUAUGGCAAAACAAUUAGAGGGAAAGCUAUUAGUUAACGCGAUACUGUCGGGGACAGAAGAUUCCAUCAGAUUAGCCUUGAGGAAGGGAAAGCUAACGAGAUCUGAGGCCGAAUCCGCGAGAGCCCUCCGCCUGGCGGUCGAGAAGGGAGACUUAAGCUUAGUGAGUCUACUUUUAGAGAAUGGGGUAGAAGUCAUGGUAAAAGAGAAAGAUGGCUACACAGCACUGCAUGUGGCGGCUAUUAUGGGAGGGGUAGAUAUGUCAAAGUUGCUUCUGGGCAAAGGAGCAGAAGUCUCUGCUACGGUCCGCAAGGAUGGAAAAACACCACUACACAUGGCAGCGCAUGGUGGCCAUGUCGACGUAGCUGAUUUGCUACUUAAGAGCGGAGCGGACUGUGAAGCAAGGGCAAAAGACAAAGCAACAGCUUUGUACCUGGCCGCCCAGGAGGGUCAUACCGCUAUGGCAAAGUUUUUACUGGGCAAGGGGGCAGAUAUUGUGUCUAAAUAUCCGAGGAUACCAUUAUAUUGUGCAGCCCACAACGGACAUACCAAAAUGGUGAAGCUUCUUCUCGAGAAAGGAGCAGAUAUUGCAGCAAAAUCUGAGGAAGGUUGGACUAUAUUGCACGACGUGGCCCACCAGGGUAAUACCGCCAUGGUAAAACUGCUUCUACAGAAAGGCGCAGAUAUUACCCUAAAGACAAAAGACGGAAGUACUGCACUCCACAUAGCCUCACUGGAAGGUCACACCGAGAUGGUAAAGCUUUUGCUUAAGAAUGGGGCGAAAGUUUCAGCCAAAACAACUCUAGGACUGACGGCAUUGCACCUUGCAGCUCGCCAGGGCCUCAAAGAAAUAGCAAAGCUACUCCUUGAUAAUGGUAUAGAUGUCGCGAUCAAAACAAAUCAAGAAUGGACGGCAUUGCAUAAUGCAGCUCACCAGGGACAUACUGCCGUCGCAAAUCUACUCAUUAAUCGCGGAGCGGACGUUACCGCAAAGACGGAAAACGCUUACACGGCGAUGUGCCUCGCUGUUAGCCAGAACCAUGUCGAGACGGUGAAAUUCCUACUGAAGAACAAAAAGUCAGAUGUAGAGGCUAGGUCAGACAAAGAAUUGACACCAUUGCACAGCGCGGCCCAUAAAGGCUAUGCCAUUAUGGUGAAGCUACUUCUUGCAAACGGGGCAAACCUUGAGGCAAGGACGAGAGAGAAGACCACAGCCCUGUACCUGGUGGCCAAAAGGGGGGACAUCGCGAUGGCAAAAUUACUUCUGGAAAAAAAGGCAAACAUCGAAGCCAAAUCCGAUCUAGGAUGGACACCACUAUACGCCGCUGCACGUCAAGGACACGAUGAUAUGGUAAAGCUACUGUUAAAAAAAGGAGCGAAUAUUGCAGCAAAAUCCAAGGAAGGAUGGACGGCAUUGCACGAUGCAGCUCGCCGAGGACACAAUGAAAUGGUCACACUACUGUUGAAGAACGGAGCGAAUAUCAAUAUGAAAUCUAGAGGGUGCUGGACAGCAUUACAUGCCGCAGCUCAUAAGGGCCACAAUUCCACGUUAAAACUAUUAUUGAAAAACGGGGCGGACAUUGUAGCAAAAUUGGCCGGAGGACGGACAGCCUUACACGAAGCAGCCGACCGGGGGCUUACUGAUAUGGCCAAGUUACUGUUGAAAAAUGGGGCAAGGGUUUCAGAGAAAACAGAUAAAGGAUGGACAGCUCUACAUAGUGCCGCGCAUCAGGGACAUAUCGGCGUAGCAGGGCUACUUCUCACUAGCGGUGCGGAAAUUUCAGUAAAGACAAAUAACGGAGCAACAGUGCUUUACCUAGCUGCUCAAGAAGGCCACAAAGUUAUGGUGAAAUUUCUGCUAGACCACAGAGCAGAAGGUGGGGUAGCAUUGCAUAUGGCUGUUGAAAAGGGUGAAAGUUCUAUUGUGAGAUUGCUGCUAGAGGGUGGAGUAAAAGCAACGACGAAGGAUAAAGACGGAAAGACAGCUCUGCAUGUAGCUGUUAUAAAUGGCUAUUACGGUAUUGCGGAAUUGUUAAUUGCGCAUGGAGCUAAGAUUGAUGAAAAGAGGAAUGAUGGAUACUCCCCACUGCAUGUGGCGGCCUGCGAGGGGGAUGAAAGAGCAGUAGAUCUGUUGUUGAGGAAAGGAGCAAAAACUGCAGUAAAGACUUCAGAUAAAUGGACACCACUCCACGAGGCAGCUCAUAAGGGACACGAAGGUGUCGUGAGGUUACUGCUUGAUGGGGGGGCGGGUAUUGCUGCGAAGACCUCUGACGGAUGGACGGCGCUUCAUGAGGCGGCUUCCCGGGGGAAAAAUGGCGUAGUGAAAUUGCUACUGAACAGCGGAGCAGAUACCGAGGCGAGGACUUUAACUGGAUGGUCACCGCUUCAUGAGGCGGCACGCGAAGGACACAAAGAGGUAGCAGAAUUACUCCUGAGGAAUGGGGCAAAUCUCUCAGCAAAGACAUUAAACGGAUGGACACCACUUCUUAUAGCGGUCGAUAAGGGUCGGGGGGAUACGGUUGAGUUACUAUUAAACUAUAGAGCAGAUCUUACGGCAAAGACUAGUGCGCAGAUUGGAGAAUAUACCUCCUUACAUCUUGCAGUCCAAAGAAAACGAAAGGAUAUCAUUUUGUUACUUAUCUCCCAUGGGGCUCAAUGGAAAACAAAAGAUAAAAAAGGGCGGACGGUGCUUGAUAUAGCCAUCGAGGAUGGUAGCAAGGAUAUAGUGGAGUUAUUGAGGCAAAAUCUGGGUAUAAAUAGAGUUCGAAUCUGGAUGAUUAGUGGCCAAGAGUCAGGUUGGAUUUAG